AUGGCACUGCAGCGCAAAAAGAGUCUGCCGGACGUCCAAGUGCCGCUGAACGCACCGGCUUCGAUCACCCGGGAAGAGGUGUCCGUGUUGAGUUCGGCCAGGAGGGAGGAAAUGCGCAGGGUGGAAGAAGAAAAUGAACGGCUCCGAGCCAACCCACUGCUCUACCUAGUCAGUCCGCACAUGAAGGAUUGGUUCACGAGGCAACAGUUGGUGUUGGUGAUAUUGAUCGUCAACAUAUCGUUGGCGCUGAUGUUUUUCAAACUUUUGACAUCCUAG